GCUCGGCGCCUUUCUGCAGUCGUCCCACGAACGUUGCCGCAAUUGGUCGACCAGAAUCGGUUCGCGAAUAAUAUGUCUGCCACGCCCCUCGCCCUCUCUCGGCUCCUGGGAAAAGCACUGGCAUAUUGAAGUGUAGAAACAACUAACUGAAAACAAAAUUACUUAAAACUACUUGAAAGUCUAGCAUCGCGAGAAACAUCUGUGAAGUACUGUUGACAAGUGAUCGGCGUCAGAACUACCACUAAAUUAUUAAACAUAAACUGUGACAAUAACGGCUGCAAAAUGCUGAAGUUAUUCAAAAAACCCAAAGACAAAAUACCCAAAUCGGAGAUCAUAACCGAACCCAAGGAACCCAAAACACCGCCGGUCUCGAAGUGCGGCAAACCACUGCAGUUGGACAAUUCGCGAUGGGAGCGCCGCCUGCACAAAGAGCUUAUGUCCCUGAUCAAGGAGCCCCCGCCAGGCGUUACCGUUGACACCGAAAGCGUACAGCAAAAUUUAUCCGAAUGGAAAAUAAACAUUAAAGGUUUCGAGGGCACACUUUACGAGGGCGAGGACUUCCAGCUGCUGUUCAAAUUUAAUAAUAAAUAUCCCUUCGAUUCGCCAGAGGUGACCUUCAUCGGCAGCAAUAUACCCGUGCAUCCACAUGUCUACAGCAAUGGACACAUCUGCCUAUCCAUUCUGACCGAGGACUGGUCGCCGGCACUGUCCGUGCAAUCCGUGUGCCUUAGCAUAGCCUCCAUGUUGAGCAGCUGCCGAGAGAAGAAGCGUCCGCCGGAUAAUACGCUCUACGUAAAGACCUGCAAUAAGAAUCCCAAAAAGACUAAAUGGUGGUACCACGACGAUUCUGUUUAGUUUGAAGUGCAAUUUAUGACUACUGCCUGCUGAUGUUUGCUUUGCGCAUCCACCC